AUGGAAAAUGAGAAGAGAAAAGAUGAUAAAGAAGUAAAUGUUGCAGAAUUUAAAGUCUCAAUGAAUUGCAAUGCAUGUGAAAGAACCGUCGCCAAAGUCAUUGCCAAAUUGAAAGGUGUGGAGAAAUUUACUACGGAUAUGAACAAAAACAAAGUUGUAGUUACGGGUAAGAUUGAUCCGCAAAAGGUUUUGGAAAAAUUAAGAAAGAAAACUGGUAACAAAGUAGAAAUUGUGGGUAAAGUUGAAGAAAAGGAGAACGAGAAAGCUAAUGACAUUUCUAUACAAUAUUCAAAUUCGUCACUAUUAGAAAACGAAGCAUUUAUGAUGUUUAGUGACGAAAAUCCAAAUGCAUGUUCAAUCAUGUAA